AUAAUUCAUCUUUCUUUGCAUUUUUUCCAUUCACACAUAAAUUUUCUCUUUCAAAAUAAAUACAAAAAAAUUUAGUAUUUUCUUUCAUUUUAAUUAAAAAACAAAACACUUCUUUGCCAGAUAGAAUUAUCUGCAAUCAAAAUGCACAAUUAGAAGUUAUACACAAUGAAUCUACAAUCAUUAUUUCGGGAUUUUAAUCCCAGCAAAUUCAUUGUCCACUGCAGCUUGUUCACAUUCAUAACACUCUUUUGCUUGCGAUUAGAUGGUUAUAUAGAUUGGCCUUAUUGGGCAAUAUUUACACCACUUUGGAUAUGGAAGGGCAUUGCCGCCUUGGGUGCAUCAAUUGGAGCAAUUGUCUGGUGUAGAUAUCCACAUUAUAGAUUAGAAGGUGAUUCCUACACACAAUUCAAGGCAAUGUUGAUCUCUCUUUCCCUUCAUUUGAUACUUUUGAUGUUCGAACUAUUGGCAUGUGACAAACUCACCUCGGGUCGUCAUAUUUGGGUUCUGGUCUUUAUACCGCUAAUCUUUGGCAGUGUGGCCAGUGUUGGGGCUUGUGUUUGGGCUGUUAAACACGAUCGAUCAUUUGAGCUGGAAUUAUUCCUUGCAGUAAAUGCUUUGCUGUUUGUUUCAUUGCCCUUGAAGUUGGAUGGUUUUGUUUAUUGGAGUUGGGAAGUUGUCAUUGUUCCAAUGUGGAUUGUUGUUUGUUUGAGUUUAGUUAGUGUCCUUUACAACAUUAUUUUCUGUGGAAUCAUGAUGAGAACUCCAGAAAUAUCAUUGCAACAGAAGAAAGCGGCUCUUAACUCUGCCAUUGGCAAUGCAUGCACUGUACUGCCAUUGUUAUGCUUUCAGGUUAUAAUUGCUGAUAAACUCGAAGGUGAAUUGAAAUUUCCCUACAUUGUCAUCUUUAGUCCGUUGCUAGUGGCCAUCUUUACGCUUAUCAUUCUAAGUUUUAGCGCCAAAGGAGGCAACAAAUGGUGGUUUGGAAUUCGUAAGAGUUUCAGCCAAUUCCUACUCUCAACCAUGCCUUUCCUUCAAGAAUACGGUAACAUAUCUUAUCACACCGACAACGGUGGACAAUCGAUUCCUCUCGACUCGACCAAUGUGCACCUCAGCGAGUACGAAAAACACGAUAAAAAGAGUAAAAAAGGUCUCAAGAAUGACAGCAUGAAACCUGUUGUUCCCAUUAUAAGUAUUGAUUUACCUGAUUAAAUUUUUAUUAAUUGUAUAAGUUUCAUGUUUCAAAAUUAUACAAAAAACAAAAAGAAAUAACAAAAUCCUUCCUACAAAAUAAUAAAAUGUAAUGUAAACUGUUUUAAAACACAAAAACUUCCUGUAGCACAAGCAACGCAAGCAAUUCCCACCCAUCAAAAUGAUCAAGUUCUUUGCGCCAUGUUCCUCAGAAUCUCUGUUAUUAACUUUUUAACUACCUACACUUUUUCCCCACCCACCCAUCUCCUUAUCACAAACCACAUAAUUUUGAAAAAGAAAAUCAAAGUAUAAAAGUAGUUAUUGUAUUAACGAAAAAGAAAAAAUGUUUUUAACUUUAAAAUUAAUAACAAAACAAUUCAAAGGUUUUAUAUUGAACUUCGAUCUAAAUGUAAGCCUACUUUUAGUAAAAAAAAAAAACAACAACAGAAAAAAAAAGAGUGUUAUAUGAACCGCACUGAUUGAAACAAAAAACUUACAAUAAUUAAUUACAAUACAAUAUAGUUGUUAGUUAUAUUUUUUAAUAUUUAAUUUUUUUAUUAUUAUUUUCAAUUCAUAUAUUUUUUAAAAACUUUAGUUUAAGUUCUUUAUUUAAUAAUUUAAGAUGAUUUAUUGAAAACUAGAUUUAACAAAAGAAAAAAAAAAUUAAAAAAUAUUAAUGUAUAUCUAUUUAAAAAUACAUAUAUGGAAAAAAAUAUAAAUGGAAAGUGAACUAAUUGUA